ACACACGAAGCUAGUCAGUCAGUCAAAACGGUUUACAAAUCAGUUUAGGCGCGAUUUUCAUUUGGAUAGUUCGAGCUCGCCCGCGAGCUCUUCAAAAUUUUCCUUCAUUGUCCAAGUUUAAACUCUUACAUACUAUAUAUAAUACUAUAUACCACAUAUAUACUUUAUAUAACAAACUAAGAAAACAGUCGUAGCAUAUAAAUAUCACAUCGGAGUAACUAACUUAAUUUAUGUUUUCAACGAAAUUACUUGCGGUGAAAGUAAUUAAACUUUAAAACAUCAUAAAUCCUAAAUACUAAUUUUCAGAAUGGUGCAAAUUAAUUCUGAGAGUGGAGAUCUCAUUCAUACAGUAACUUUGGAUAAAACCGGAAAGAAAUCGUUUGGAAUUUGUAUAGUCCGAGGAGAGGUAAAAGACUCCCCAAAUUCGAAAACGUCGGGAAUUUUUAUAAAAGGUAUAGUUCCAGACAGCCCUGCCCACUUGUGUGGGAAAUUGAAGGUGGGAGAUCGGAUAUUGUCGUUAAAUAAUAAAGAUGUGCGGAAUGCUACAGAACAGGCGGUUAUCGAGCUAAUUAAAGAUGCUGGCAUCAAAAUAAAUCUUGAAAUUCAAACAUUUGGAAAGGAUGAAAAAAAAACGACCGAACGUGAACAACGAAACGAAAAUGGUUAUGUACAAGCCAAAGCAAAAUUCGCUCCAGAUCCACCGAUGUCGGCGAAUAAAAGUUCAGCUCCUAAGGAAACACCACGAAACCCGACGUUUUCUGCCUCCAUUCGUCAGAAACCAGCUACCAAUUAUGCAGCCAAUGACGAAGAUGACGAGGACACACGAGAUAUGACUGGCCGAAUCCGCACAGAAUCUGGAUAUGAGAUCGAUCGAGCCUCUGCGGGUAAUUGUAAGCUCAAUAAACAGGAAAAGGAACGCGACAAAGAACAACCCGAUGAGUUCGGUUACACAAUUGCGAAAAUCAAAAAACGUUACAAUUUAAUGAAAGACUUGCGGAAAAUAGAGGUGCAGCGCGCGCCGAACACCUCAUUGGGAUUGGCUUUAGCCGGACACAAGGAUAGAAGAAAAAUGGCUUGCUUUGUUGCAGGCAUCAAUUCCAACGGCCUCUUGGCUUCGUUGGAUGUAAAACCGGGCGAUGAGAUUCUCGAGGUGAACGGAAAUGUUCUACAAAACCGUUGCCAUUUGAACGCCUCGGUGAUAUUCAAGAACAUCGAUACCGAGCGAAUUAUUAUCAUUACAUCACGCAGAAAAGACAACGAUGAAGGAAUAUCAGUUAAGCCCAUAAAAAAGUUCCCAAAGGAAGUCGAUGAUACCAAGUUUUUGUUCGAUUUAUAUCCCAAUGCCCGUUCAGUACAAGUUAAAAAAGAAGGAUUUUUAGGCAUUAUGGUUAUAUACGGAAAGCAUGUCGAAGUGGGCAAUGGUAUAUUCAUAUCUGAUUUGCGCGAAGAAUCCAAUGCAGUGACGGCUGGAGUCAAAGUCGGUGAUAUGUUAUUAGCUGUCAACAAAGAUGUCACUUUGGAAUCGAAUUAUGAUGAGGCCGUUGCACUAAUAAGGCGUGCAGAAGGUAUAGUAACACUUGUCUUGUUAACUCUGAAAUCGGAAGAAUCUUUAAAAGCCGAAAAAGAGGCUGCAGAAAAGAAAAAAGAAGAAGCAAAAGUUGAAGCUGAAAAACCACAGGAUCCUUCCGUUGCGGAAAUUAAAGUGAACAAGAAAAUCCUUAUUGAGUUGAAAGUGGAAAAGAAACCGCUUGGAGUAAUAGUUGUUGGUGGCAAAAACAACCAUGUCAAGACCGGAUGCGUUAUCACCCACAUAUAUCCUGAUGGAGCAAUAGCAGCAGAUAAACGCUUAAAUAUUUUCGACCACAUAGUGGAAGUAAACAGUAAACCAGUGAAUUGCAGCGAAAUGACAACACUAAAAGUGCACCAAAUAUUCCACACGAGUUACGAGAAAGUUGUGACAUUCCAAGUAUUUCGCGCUGACCCGUUGGAAGUGGAAAAAUUCAAUGUUGAAUUUAUAAAGAAGCCAGGAAAGGACUUGGGGCUUUCGUUAGCACCAAAUGAACGUGGCUGCACAAUAUCUGAAAUUAUACCUUCUGGCUACGCUGAAAUUGAUAACAAGCUACAACGAGGUGAUAUCAUAACCAAAUUCAAUGCCGAUUCUUUAGAGGGCUGCACUUUUGAAAUCUGUUACGCCUUGUUCAAAGGAGCCAACGGAAAAAUAUCUAUGGAAAUCACAAGACCUAAACCCACAUGUCGCACUGAAGCGUCCAAAUAAUUAAAAUAAAACCAUAUGUAUAUUAGAUUUAAAUGUAAAUCAAAUAAACAAUGCGAUAUAUUUUAGUUGGUAUUGUAUCAUUUAUUUUCAAAAUUAGGCGAUUGAACUGGCAUUCGAUGCAAUACGAGGCCACAAGUCAGCACAUUCUUUCGCCACGGGUCCAGUGAUAGCAGAACCUUUCAUUUCACCUUUAUUGUUCACUAUCACCCCAGCAUUAUCUUCAAAAUAUAUGAAAACGCCA